CUAGGUCACAUUUGGAAGUUGCGUGGUCAUGUCAGUCACGGCCACGGUCGAGUUGGGAAGCACCGAAAGCAUCCUGGAGGUCGCGGUAAUGCCGGUCUUGAGCACCAUCAUCAAAUAAAUUGUGACAAGUACCACCCUGGUUACAUCGGGAAAGUUGGUAUGCGGCAUUACCAUUUCAAGAAAAACCCAUACUAUUGUCCGGCAAUCAAUGUGGAGAAACUCUGGUCGUUGGUAUCAUUAGAUACGUAUGACAAGUAUAAAAACGACAAAGAGGGAAAGGCCCCAGUAAUCGAUUGUCUCCGGAAAGGUUACUUCAAAGUUCUGGGCAAGGGAGUUCUACCAAAGGUGCCCGUGAUCGUCAAGGCUCGAUUUUUUUCGCGGCGAGCAGAGGAGAAGAUCCGUGCCGUUGGCGGUGCAUGUGUAUUAACAGCUUAA